AUGCCGUUAUUUUAUCACCUGCAGAGAGAGCGGUGUUUCUCAGAGGCACGAGCUCGCUUCUACACGGCGGAGGUGGCCAGUGCCAUCGGAUACCUUCACUCUCUCAAUAUAGUGUACAGAGAUCUCAAGCCAGAAAACAUUCUAUUAGACCACCAGGGUCAUGUGGUGUUAACAGAUUUUGGCUUGUGUAAAGAAGGCAUAGAACCAGAAGGAACCACCUCAACCUUCUGCGGCACUCCAGAGUAUCUGGCCCCUGAGAUCCUACGGAAAGAGCCGUAUGACCGCACUGUGGACUGGUGGUGUCUCGGAGCUGUGCUCCAUGAGAUGCUUUACAGCUUACCUCCGUUCUACAGCCGGGACGUGUCUGAGAUGUACGACGCGAUCCUGCAUAAACCUCUGCAGCUGGCGCCAGGGAAGUCGGAGGCCUCACGUCACCUGCUCUACGGACUCCUGCAGAAAGACCAGCGUCGCCGGAUAGGAGCCAUUGCUGAUUUUUUGGAGAUUAAAAAUCAUGUGUUCUUUGCCCCCAUUAACUGGGAUGACCUCUACCACAAGCGAAUCACUCCUCCAUAUAACCCAAAUGUGAGAGGCCCAGCAGACCUUCAGCACAUUGACCCAGAGUUCACCAGAGAGAUGGUGCCCAACUCUGUGGGCCGCACUCCAGAUCUCACCCCCAGCCUGGCCACCAGCAGCUCCAACGCCUUCAACGGCUUCUCAUACAUCUCUGGAGAAGACGGCUUCCUCUGAGGCGCCGGCCGAUGAAGGCUUCUCUCACCGUCAGGUCACUGAGCGCUGGAAAAACACUGGACUGCAGUGAGGGCAAACGCACCUGUCGGAUGACGGGUUUUAAGAUGUUGUGCUCAUUUUGCAUUCAUCAUAAGAUAUCUCAUCAGUAUGUUCGCUGUGUAAGACUAAAGGACAUUGCGGGAAAUGGAUUUACUGAUUGCACCACUUGCAAAGCAGCUAUAGUAGCAACAUCUGUAAAAGUCUAGAUUUCUGCUCUUGCUCGUCUUUUGGGGAUCGUGGAUCUGCGUGCCUUACUCUUGGCCACAUCCUCAUCUAACGUUCUUCAUCUGAUUACUGAAAAGCAUGGAAAAUUACACCUUUGCUUUGUAACGUUUUGUGCAAAACGUUCCGUAAGAGCAUUUCUUCUGUUAUUAAAAAUG